GGCCUGUGGUUUCGCCCGGUUGCCAGGGAGACCGAUGAUAACACCAGUUGCAAACCCCUGGCCCAGGGGCCAUGGCCACGUUAGCCCGGCUGCAGGCUCGGUCGUCGUUUGUAGGAAAACAGUACUACUAUAGGAACAGUGUUGUUGAUCAGUUUAGAAAAAAGGAGAAUGAUGCAGCUGUUAAAAUUCAGAGCUGGUUUCGAGGAUGUCGAGUUAGGGCAUAUAUCAGAUAUUUACACAGAAUAACAACAAUUAUUCAAAAAUGGUGGAGAAGUUACUUAGGGAAAAAAGAGUUUCGACAUGUUGUGGAGGUAGCACAUUAUACUAUGAAGAUGAAUCUCUACAAUGAAAUGGCUGUCAAGAUUCAGAGACGAUGGCGAGGCUAUAAGAUUCGGAAGUACUGCUUUAAUUAUUAUUAUUUGAAAGAGUACCUCAGAGCUAUUUCAGAGACCAAUGAUGCAAUUAGGGAGGCACUGGAGGAGUUUGCAGAGAUGAAAGAAAGAGAAGAGAAGAAGGCUAACCUCGAAAAGGAAGAGAAGCAAAGAGAUUACCAAGCCAGAAAGAUGCAUUACCUCCUCAGCACAAAGCAGAUUCCAGGUAUAUACAACUCACCAUUCAGACAAGCACCUGAUCCAUGGGAAUUGCGGUUACAGAAGGCAAAGCCAUUGAUACACCCAAGACCUAAAGUUAGGCAGGAGUGCUCUACUAGCCUUAGUGAUUGGCUAGCUUGUACAAGUGCCCGAUCUUUUCCACGGUCUGACAUUCUGCCACCUAUCAAUAAGAAGAAGUGUCAGGGGCCAUUCCGAGAUUUCAAUGAAGUAUUGGAACAACGCUACAAACCCUUGGAGCCAACAUUGAGAGUGGCAGAACCAAUCAAUGAGUUAAAACUGGCUAGAGAGGAGUUGAAAAGAGAGGAAUAUGCACAAAAUGUAAAUGACAAAAUGUUUUUUCCAUUUUCUUCUUACCAUAAAAAAGAAAAGUAUACCCCAUCAAUUCAUUCAUCAAGCAAGUAUGGCUCUGAUUCUUAUGGAGAAAAACAAUUCCGAAGUGAAAAUCCUAAAAAAUGGAUCUGUGACAAGUGGGAUGUGGAACACAUCAUAGAUUUAAUGUGGCACAUCGUUGUCUGCAGAAACUUGGGUGGGACUGUGACUGCUUGCCCAUUGCACCCGGUGAUUGAAUCUGCUGUCACCAGCAUCCUGAUAAUAAUGAACAUUCAGCUUAACGACCGUGAUUAUGAUUAUCAUAAUUGA